AUGGUGAUCGUGCUGUAUACUGCACUGCGAGAGAGCUGUGUGUUUGCUGGAUCGAGCAUAUCCUUCUCAAUAUCACUCAUGAAUGCACCAAGUGAGAGUGUCGAUGAAAACGGUCCAUAUCAUGGAAAAUUGGUGGAUGUUUUUUCUGAUCGACUAGAUGUGUUCGGAGUUGAAGAUAAAUCAAGCCAAAAUGUAGCAUCACCCAACACGAGUUAUUAUUCAACAACAAGCAAUUCUUCUGGAGGACUAUUUUCAUGGUUCUUUUCAUCAUCUGCAACAACUAGCCAAGAAUCUUCUGAACCAAUGGAUACAUGGAAAGUGGAUAAAUUGUAUGGACAAGUGUUUGGAUUGUGUUCAGGAGAUGCAAAAUGCUUGAAAGACAUCAACAUGUCAUCACCGAAGGCAUCACCGAAUCAAACAUUAUUUAACGAUGAUGAAAAUAACCCCAAGAACAGUGAUGUGGAAUUUCCUUCAUUAGUGCCUGUAAAGUCAAAUAGUAAGCCAAUUUUUGCAUCCAAACCAAAAAGCUUUUUGGAUGAAGCCAUUUCUCUUUCGUCCUUAGAAAAAAAGACAAUAACUGUCUCUGUAUCAAUACCAAACGAAAUACCGCCAAGCUUUAAGGGCACUCAUAAGAAAGUGAUUACUGUUCCAUUCAAAGUUUAUAAUCCAUUCUCCUCCAUUUGCUCUAUUAAUUCUUCAUUUUUAGAUACCUUUGAUUUUAAAUGGGACAUUCAUGGAUUGUCCAAGAAACACAAGAAUGUACAAUUAGAAGAUAUUUCUUACAAGUACAUGUUGACGUCAAACGCAAAUAUUUCUCCCUUUUUCUACUCAUUUAGUCAAAUUUCAAAUAUUGUAGCUCAAAAUUCCAAAACUAAUCAUUAUGACAUUGCAGAUGAAUCAAGUUUAGUGUGUAGAGUUUCACUAUCGAGUAAUGCUUUUUACAUAGGAGACACAAUAUUAGGAAUUUUUGAUUUUACAAAGAGUGUGAAACUUUGUGCGAAGGUGAAAUGUAAAUUAAUGUAUCAAGAACAAGUAGCAUCAACUAUCAUUGUAGAUUACUACAAGCAAACACAAUCAACCACGGAAAACAGUCACAAUUCGGAAUAUACAUCAUUUGAUCCUGAAUACUAUCAACCAUUAAGAAAUAAGGCUACUUUCAACAAAGUCUCCAGAUUUGAUCGAUAUACACUCAAUACUAUCACCUCUGAUUUUAGGAUGAUCAUUCCUCCACACUCACCAUCUCAAUUCUCAUCUGAUCUCAUCAAAGUCGAUUGGUUUUUGCAAUUUAAAUUUUACCUCAUUGAUGGAACCCUUACCGAUGAAAGAGUUCAAGUUCUCAGUACAAAAAACCUUUCCGAGAAAAAAGACAAAUUUAAGGUGAAGCCAAUGACCUGGCUUUUACCAAUCCACGUUUUUGUUCCCUCCAAUUUCCGCCCUCUUCACGAACAAAGCCAAAGCAAAGAACAAUGCAUUGUAGUUCUUUAA